AAGUCCUCUAGUCAUGAAAUCUGCUGACGCUUUCAGGAAAGCUUAUUUUGUAAAUUCUUAUCAGUGACCUGUUUACAUGUCCAGACCUGACUAUAAGAGCUGACCACUUAUGCUGACCACCAGAUAUUUCAGUAUGGACAAGCUUUUGGUCAUACUGACCCUAACAGGACUGUUGACUUCUGGAGUGGAGAGUUUUACGAUAUCAGAGAAAGAGUAUGAGAACAUUGAUCGAAUGCUGGAAUUUGGGGUCCAAGUAUUUCUGAACUGUUUGGACAAAGUCAAAGAGGCCACUGAGAAACUGGUGGAAGAGGACAUGCUGAGAACAAACAGAAUUGCAAUCCAGGACAACUGGAAUUCCUUCAGAGAGACAGCCAACAGAAUCAGUGUAGAGGAAAGAGGUAAAGGAGUGCAGGAUGAUUUAAUUGUAGCAGCACGCACUGUUCGAAGACUGGUCCUGCACUACAAGGAUGAUGUCAAAAAAAUAUUCCAUACAGUAAUAAUGGAGCAGAAUGUUCAGAUGUAUCUACCAGCUGUAAACACGUUCAAAGGGACCAUUGAAAGAGCCAAAGCCAACGAGAUCUGGGGCAAUUUGGUUUCAAACUACCUUCCUGAUGCUCCAUCAAUUGAAAGUGAACCACUGGAGUUUCUCUGUUACCUGCUGUCCACUAGCACCGUGGAAACUUAUAUUGUGAAUGUUCUGAAAUGUGGAGUGGAAGUCAUUUCACAAAUUAAAAAAAUAGAUUUUGAUGAAGUAACUGAAAGGGUGAGAACCAAAUUUGAGGCAGUCUUUGAAAAGUUAAAUGAAAUUCGCAAAACUGAGCGUGAGAAAGAAGAGGAUGAUUUUCUUUUGCUAGUAAGUGUUGUCUCCAGAGCGUUCGUUUUUUACUGGGAGAGUUUUCUGAACGCUACAGAUACUCCUGAAUUACAGGAAAAGUAUGAAGUCAUUGAGAGAAAACUGAAGGAGCAGAAUUUUGAGGAAGAACUAAAAGAAGUACUAAAACCUAUAAUGGAAUCAGAAACAGUGAAUGAUGUUUUAAGUCUUCACUUUGACUUUACCCGUGAGUUUUAUGAAAUCGGCAUUAGUCCACUGAUUGCGUUGUACUUCACUGGUCCACAGAGGUUCGAGAGGACUGUAAGGACUGUGGGCAUGAGUGCUGUUGUUCAUUCGUACACCAUUUAUGAACAGCUGUCAGAAAGAGGGCUGUUUUCUGAGAUGAAAAGACUGUAUUUCAGAGGUGUGGACAUAGGAACUGCCCUGGCAGGCAAUGAAGAAAUUCAGUAUUUUAGAGAGACGUACUUUGAGAAAUGGAAGUCUUUCAGAGAAGAACUCAACACUCUUGUAAAUGAAGAGAGAGGCAAAUCACAUAUCCUACUUCCACAAGUGCGGGCUGUUGCAAGAAUGUUAAUUGCCAAAUUUGAGGAGCUCGUCGACAAAGUCAAUGCAGAUAUUGAUGAUGACACAGUACAACAGAUGUCAACGAAGUGGAGUAAUAUAAAAGAAAAAUGCAUUAAAAAACUACUGACCAGUGGAGCACUUACUCAGGAUCAACUGGAUGAAGCUCAGAGCAUCUUUCUGAAUGAUAUAAUUGGGUUUUAUGAUAAAUAUCUGGAGUUUACAAAAACGAUGGAUCCACAGAGAGUUGAAGAUACGUCUAAGUUUGGUUCCAAAUUUCUCCUCAUCGCCCCGAGCCAUCCUGAUGAUUUCCAAUGAAUUCUACCACCAGCUCCCCUCAUUUCAUUUAUGCUUGUGGGUGUACGUGAUAGUUUCUUGAAAAAAGAAAACUGAUAAGUAGCUCUGUGUUGUUUUACCUUGCAUUUAAAAAAAUAAUAAUAAUAAUGCAUUUUGACACAUUUUAUUUAUUUAUAUAGUUAUCUGUGAGUUCUCUAAUAAAGACAUAUUGAUCUGUAUUAAGGCUGUAGUCAAUACCACCUUUGUAGAGCCCAAGACAAGACCAAGACCAUGACUAGUCAAGACUGAGUCAAGAACGAUUCUAACUGAGUCUGAGUCCAGGUCAAAACUAACUCUACAUAAAAGCAACAUCAAGUCCAAAAGAAAGCAAAACAAGGUCAAGACCAGAAAGUACCCAUCUUCACUGUCCGAUGGUGCUGGUGGUGUCUUUCAGUGGGCUUGGGCUCUUGCUCUUGGUCUGGAAGUUCCACUUGGUCCAGGCUCUUGGGAGUCAUCAUCCUUGUGGAUGUAUUCUUCUUGUUGUACUGGUGGUUGUUCACUCACUGGUCUCAGUGCAGGCGUUGCUCUGGAACAAUGGUUUAGAUGGACCCAGACCUUUUGUCCUUCCACUUUAACUGCAGUUGGAGUUGCUAGGACCACCUUGGAAGGACCCUCACGUCUUGGUUCAGUCCAGCCUCUUUUGAAGACCCUUAUGUAGACAUAGUCUCCAGGCAGCACUUGUUUGAGCUGAUCUCUAAUAUCUAACUUUCUUCCCUCAGUGGCACCUUUCACAUCAUUGAAGAUUUCUCUAUGGAUUUUAGUCAAACAUUUUACAUAUUCAUGUAAUUAUUUGAGCUGAGGGCCUUUAGUAGGCCGUGAGAGAUAUGUUACAGGCAUGUGGCACCUUGUGAGCAUUUCAUAAGGGGUCAAAUGAGUGAUUUUACGAUUGGUAAUCACUCUCAAACUCAUUAAAGCUAAUGGUAGAGCAAUUAGCAAAUUAAUUUUCAGUUCGCUUGCUGCACAUGUCUUAGUAAUUUUAGCUUUAAGAAUUCCAUUUUGACAUUCAACUAUGCCCUGCGAUUAUGGAUCUACAUUUAAUCAUUAAUUAAUAAUUAAUGUCUGUGUAAUUAUGUCAAUAACUUUAUUAACAAAGUGUUGGCCAUUGUCAGAACUAAUUUUAUGCCAUAUGCAAAUCUAAACAUGAUCCAUCCACAAACAAAAUUAACUCACUAUUUGAUAGUGGUUCACUAUAUAAAUCUUCUCCAGAUUUUAAGAAGGUUGUGGUUAACUAUUCACAAUGAUGUGGUAUACCUUCUUCAGGCGUAGCUAACCUCUCUGCUGGAUUCACUCUGGAGCAUCUUUGUAUUGUCAAAUCAGGGCCGAAAGAAUGACGUCAUAUCCUGUUUGUCUAACAUUAGUCAACACAAAAGAGUAAGAUGUUAAUAAGAUGUGUAUCACAUUGUUAUGGAUGUUGCUUUCUCAUAUGUGAAUGAUGCCGCUUCUAAGCCUUGAUACAAUACCUUUAGCUAACAAACUCAAAGUUGUUACUUUUUUUCUUUUGUUAUAACUUGGGUAGUGUGUUUCCCAUAAUAUAUCUACUUUCCUUUAAUUAGUAAAAUAAUCUGUACUGUAGCCUCUCUGUGCAGACUGGGAGCAGUCUGUGUGUGUGUGGUGCUCCAACUGUACUAGAUUAAUUGCUGUCCUUGAAGUGCUUGUGUGUAUGUAAUCUCAUGGUCCGCUGCUAAGAGCCCCCCCUUUCUUGCUUCUCUCUCUCUCUCUCUGCUGCUUUUUACCUGCCAAGACGACAGGUUAAUACCCAUACAUUGAUAAUUUCCCUUAUUUUCCAAAAAAAUCCUCCUUUUUCAUUUUUUUUCUUUUACUUUUACGUCACUCACUAUCUUAGAGUCGAAUUCAUCAGCUAUGCUUCACACACAUCAAUCUUUUUUUUCGAAAGGGAAAUCUUCAAAGUAAUCUCCUUUAAACAGCUCAUCUCUUGAACUUCUAAAUACAUGUUGCACUCGCGUUGAGUUAGGCCAUAAACUCUUAUGCAAGGGGUCAGUUUCUUGUAAUUUAAUCUAGUGUCAAGGAGCGUACCAUCCUAAAGUAGCUGCCUUUUCUCUCUCCCACAAUUUUGGUGUAUCUCAAGCUCUCUGCACCGCUCAAAUUUAAUUUCAGCCACUAAAGGGGUUUGACUAUUUAAUAUUGUAUUUAACAAUGGAGCUAGAUGUUUUUUGUUCCAAAUCAGUUUAAUUCUCCCUUUCAACCUAUGGUGAGGAACAUGGUUUGCACUUCAUCCCAGUUGAGCCAUUUGGGUGAGCUGCCAUAAUUUUUCACUAAUCAACACUGAUGAUUUCCAACUCUCUCUGCCUUCUGCAUCAUUGUAAGUUUUACAACUUUUUGUAAGUUUUACAACUUUUUGUAUGGCCACACUUUCAGACAAAACACACAGACAAACAUUUAACAUUUAUCUCUUAGCGCUUUUUUCUCUAUAGCAUGCUUUUUUUCUCUCUCUUUACAUGGUAUCAUUUAUCGCAUUGUGUCAAAGCGCCAAGGGAAGAGGCGCCACGUUUACAGAGUCGAGAUGUUGAAGGCUCAAGUGGGCCAGAAGAAAGUGAAGAAGAAGGCAGGAAGAAGCUGAAACAGGAAGGAAAAAAGAAAGGAAGAUAGUGAGAGCAAGACUAAAGGAGGGAAGGACGAGGACUAGGGUUGAAGUGAGGGAAUUCUACUCUUUUAGCAUUGAAGGUUACUGAAGGUAUGAAUGUGUCACAUUUAAUUAUGUUGGCGCCUCAGAUGAUUUCGACGACAUCAACUCCUUUGAAGAUGGUCAUCAGAGCUAAGUUAGGAAGAGCGGUUCAUCUCCCCUGUCGAUGUGGAAGGUUUAAUGUUGGUGGUAAUAAUCCUCCUAAGUCGUGGUGAAGAUGUGUUGUUAACAGGACCUGAAGUUGAUACUGUGCCUCGUGAUCAGAGGAAGAAUCUUUUGUUUAAUGACUGGAGGUGGUUGAAAGUUGGGGACGAUUGUUCACUUGUGCAUAAUGUUACAUGGGAAGACCAAGGGGAAUACAUAUGUACUUAUUUAGAGCCAGAGUUUAAAUUUGUUCCAUUUCAAAGUGUGUGGAGAGAGGGUUAUAUAACUCGGAAGGUAGUAGUUAUGAUAGAAGAUUUGAGUUCUACUGGAGUUUUCAUGGUUGC